UCUAAUAUCCACUUAUUAUACUGUUAGAGUUAAAACAUCUUUUAUCCGAAAAACAGUGUACUUGACGUACUCGAAGGAUCCAGCAACGCAGUUUCGCACAACUUUUGACAAUUACCCCCCCACUAUUUUAUAUAGUUCAGUCUGCCAAUCUUCAUUCAUAAACUUUGACUGGGGGCAGUCUGAGUCAGAGUGAGUUAAACCGAGGAGUAGUGAGGAUCCAGAACAUGUACAGAGACUUCACUGGAGCCUUCCCUCAGCCAGAUUCGGGGUGCAGCAGCCACGGCCUACGGAACUCGGGAUCUUCCCCAAUUUUAGGAACUUCAGGAAUGGGACACAGCGUCAGACUGAACCCACCUCCCGAGGACGCGCAGCAGAAGUAUCCAGUUCACACAUCCUCGGGUCAAUUUAUCCCAACAUUGAAUGCUAUCACAUCAAGUCAGGACCUUAACUGGAUGAUCCAACCAAGUGUACGCCCCCUGAAUUUACCACCAUACCAAAGCCCUCGGCAUGGGGUAAUCCGUAACAUGGGAGGAGUCUUGAGUAUGGGGCGAAGGAGAAAUGGAGAACAUCUGUCACCAGAGGAAGAGGAGCGAAGACGAGUGAGACGUGAGCGGAACAAGGUAGCAGCAGCAAAAUGCCGUAAUCGUCGCAAGGAGCUAACAGAUUACCUGCAGGCAGAGACAGACAAACUUGAAGAAGAGAAGUCAUCCCUCCAGAAAGAAAUUGCUGAGCUGCAGAAGCAGAAGGAUAAGCUGGAACUCAUCCUUGAGGCUCACCAGCCUAUAUGCAAGUUUCCUGACUCCCAUCACAACAUGCAGCAAGUGGACUCCUCCAGGCUGGUUAAGAAGGAACCACAUGAAGAGUCACCCAGGGGACCUAAAGUCAACCUUCCCAGGAUAGAGCUGAGCGACACAAUCCUAGAGCCAGAGGCCCUUCACACCCCAACACUCAUGAAGACACCAUCCAUUACUCCUUUUACGCCAAAUUUGGUAUUCACUUAUCCUGGUCCACAAGAAUCAUGUUCUACAGCGCACCGAAGGCUGAGCAGAAGCAGCAGCAGUGGUAGUAGUGGAGAGCAAAGUCCAUGUUCUCUAAGUUCUAACAGCCUACUGACUCUUUAGAAAAAAGAAAAAAUAUAUUUUUUACUGUGUGUGCUUCUGGGUCUGGAUUCACCUGUUAGAAAUCUACGCCAACCCAAAAGUUUUAUAGACACUCUAUAUAGAAUUUUAUUCACUUUCUUAAUAAGGCAUGCUAUCACUUACCUCAUACUUCCUCUCUUAAGAAACCACAUUACUUCCCAAUUAAUGAUUCUAGUCAGAUGCGUGACCUGUCAUUAUACGGUUACAAGUAAAGUGUGUGUAUAUGACUGCCUGACCUUAAAUACGGUCCAGGGUAAAGUCAGCGGCUGAGCCGGUGUUAAAUUUAGUGGCAUUUUUUAGUAGGUUCCUAUAUAAAAGCAGCAGUAGAGCAGGUUCUCUCUGUAUUUAUUAAAAAGAUAUUUUUAUAUGAUUUAUGCUUGACAUAGAAAACGUGCAUUUUGAUAAUAGCACAUUAAUAAAAACCUGUAAGAAAAUA